AUGGCGGAGUCACAGGCGGCUAAGAGUCCAGGAAGCCAUGAGAGUGGUGGAGAUCAAAGCCCAAGGUCUUUGCACGUUCGUGAGCAAGAUAGGUUUCUUCCGAUUGCUAACAUAAGCCGAAUCAUGAAAAGAGGUCUUCCUCCUAAUGGUAAAAUCGCUAAAGAUGCUAAAGAGAUUGUUCAGGAAUGUGUUUCUGAAUUCAUCAGCUUCAUCACCAGCGAAGCGAGUGAUAAGUGUCAAAGGGAGAAAAGGAAGACUAUCAAUGGAGAUGAUUUGUUAUGGGCAAUGGCUACUUUAGGAUUUGAAGACUACAUCGAACCUUUGAAGAUUUACCUUACGAGAUAUAGAGAGGGUGAUACAAAGGGAUCAGCAAAAGGUGGGGAUGUGAAUGCAAAGAAAGAUGCCCAAUCAAGCCAAAAUGGCCAGUUCUCUCAGCUAGCUCACCAAGGCUCUUUCUCACAAGGUCCUUAUGGGAACUCUCAAGCUCCGCAUAUGAUGGUUCCAAUGCCGGGGACAGACUAG